AUGGGAACUGGAGCUGCUGGAACGCCAGGAAAACCGCAGGAACCAGAGCAAGUUGAGGGACACGCGUUCAAGAAGUUCUUCAACAAGAUCAGCGGAAAUCCCAAUUCGUACGUCAACAAAGUCGAUUACGUGUUUGGACGUACCUUAGGCGCAGGUGCUUUUGGAGUGGUCAGACAAGCCAGAAAGGUUUCCACGGGUGAAAAUGUAGCGGUUAAGAUUCUGUUGAAGAAAGCACUCACAGGUAAUGACGUCCAGAUGCAAAUGCUCUACGAUGAACUUUCGAUUCUGCAAAAACUGGACCAUCCAAAUAUCGUCAAAUUCAGAGAUUGGUUCGAGUCUAAAGACAAAUUCUAUAUUGUGAUUCAACUAGCCACCGGUGGUGAACUAUUUGACCGGAUCUUGGAGAAGGGUAAAUUCACAGAAGGCGAUGCUACAACUAUUGUCUACCAAAUUUUGAAAGCCGUCGAAUACCUGCAUUCUCGCAACAUUGUACAUCGCGAUUUGAAGCCUGAAAACCUGCUUUACCUCACAAAGGAAGCAGACUCACCGCUGGUUCUGAGUGAUUUUGGCAUUGCAAGAGAACUUAACAGUGAUGAGGAACUCAUACGCAAAGCAGCAGGAUCUAUGGGAUAUGUGGCUCCAGAAGUGCUCACCACGGAGGGCCACGGGAAGCCCUGUGAUGUUUGGUCGUUAGGGGUCGUCACGUAUACUCUUUUGUGUGGAUAUUCACCCUUCGUGGCUGAAAGUGCUGAAGGGUUUUUGGAAGAGUGCACAAGUGGAAGAUAUCCGGUCACUUUCCAUAAGCCAUACUGGUCAAGCAUAUCUGAAGAGGCUCAGGAUUUCAUCCUUCAGGCGCUUACUGUAGACCCAUUCCAAAGACCCACCGCGGUGCAACUGCUACAGCAUCCAUGGAUCGCUGGUAAGACUUCAAAGACUGACAACUUGUUGCCUGUUAUCAAGAAAGAGUUCGAUGCUCGCAGGAAAUUCCGUGAAGCUGUUGAGAUUGUUAAAUUGAACAAUAGAAUCAAAAAGCUCAAGCAAUUGUACUCCACUGAUGAAGAGGAUACUGAUUUUGAGGAAAACUCUCUUUCUAAUUCUUUACAAGCCUCUAUGGCCAAAUUGGCUCUUGACGGUCGCGGUUCUGAUCGAGACAACGAGGAUUCGCGGCUUCUAAAAUCUUCCUUAACUCAGGAUGCUUUCGCUCAAAUUGUGAAAGCGGCGACCCAAAAUAAGGACCGCAUCAAGAAUUACAAUGAGGAGGGUGCGAGCAAGGAAGCUUCAGAUUGA